UUGUUCACUUUUUUGAUGUCAACAGUACCUUCUAGGGAGAAAAAUAAGACUUGUUUGCCGUCAUCAUUUACACAGUUCAGUUCUUGUAAGAUCAUAAUAGAUUGCACAGACAUUGAAGUUGCAACCCCUGGCCUAAUGAGUCAUCAAAGUGCAACUUAUUCUUCAUACAGAGGUAUAAAUUCAUUUAAAGUACUCGUGGGUGUGGCACCUAAUGGGGUCAUAACAUAUGUUUCUAACCUUUACCCUGGAUCAACUUCAGAUAAGGCUAUAGUGGAAAUGUCUGGUUUUUUGAAACACCUUUAUCCAGGAGAUCUUGUUCUUGCUGACAAGGGCUUUCUAAUCCAAGAUAUAGUUCCGAGUGGUGUGUCUGUAAAUAUUCCCCCAUUCUUAAACAAUGGUAAAUUUACUGAAAAUGAAAUAAAAGUAACUAAGUCGAUUGCCAAAUGCAGAAUCCAUGUAGAGAGGGCUAACGCCAGGUUAAAGGAUUUUAAGAUUUUAAGUUUUAUUCCCUCUUACCUAAGAUGCUAUUCUCAAAAAAAAAAUCAGCUUUGUGCUGCUCUUGUUAAUUUGCAGUUUACGUUAAUCAAGGAAGGUUGUACAAAUGUAUUUUUUGAGUAG